UGCGGAUCCAUAAGAGGUGGUGCCGUUCUAUUACGUACUUACGUCCGAAGGGAGCUGAUGUCAUGGGUAGUUUCCACAAGGCGGAAUACAAAGACCUGGAGGAGGGACUGCUGAGUAUUGCGAAAGUUGUGGUGAGGUACCAGAGCGACUUGGACAGGCGGGUGCGGUUCGAGAAACUGCAGGAAGCCAUCGACGAAGUGCACGAACAUGUUGGACCGAACUAUGAGGGUAGCGCCAGAAAGAAGAUGGAUAAGUUGGAUGUUUUGAGUCGAACAGCCUUGAGCAACUACCAGGAAGGGAUUGGCCUGGUGUUCGUGUGGUGUUUCAUGGCCAGGAAGAAGUUCCAGAUUGUCCUUAAUCACAUCAGCGGGAACCCCACCAAGGAGGACAUGGACAUCGCAUGGAUUGUGACUGUGAACGCGCUGCAGGACGGCCUGAAGAGAACUCUCAAGUCGCUGGAACUAUUGAGGGAUUCUCAUUUGAAGGUUUGUCAGGCGAAGGAUCUGUUGGAUUCCAUUCUGCACGACCUAUACGACGAUUUUGGUCCCAACGGGGUCUACGGAAAAAGGAAGAAGGCUCUGCAGGCCUCGAAAGAGCAAGAAGAAUCGCACAAUACUGCGCUCACGGCCACAUUAAUUACAGUAGCAAUUAUACCCUUUGUGGGAUUGUUGUCUUUGACGGGAAUAGGGGCUUUGCGCGAAAGUGGCGACCGGAUAAUCCACUACGUAAGAAAGCUGAUUGCCAUUGACACCCUCUUCCAGAGGGCGCAGGAGGCAGUGGAAAACGGCAGCCGGGUUGUGAAGAACGGGCUGGACCUACAGCUGGACGAGGAAAUAAAACACCUAAGGGUUCUUAGGGGAACUAUUGAUUCGGCACACCAGAACGGAGCCCUGCUCAAAUCCGAAAGCCCCCUCAUCCGAGCCCUAUUCGUUCCAGUUCUCGAGAAUCUGAGGGGGCAGUGCCACAACUACACCAAGUGGCACGGAUCGAUGGAAUAAAUCGAAUAUAUUUCUCAAAGAAAUGUGCAUAUAUUAAUCCCAAAUAAAGGAAACUAAAUACUUA